GAUAAGACAUUUAUAAAGACCUAAACUAGACUAAGUAUUAAACACACGGCGACUACGAUUAUAUACGAAGGUUGCAUAAGUCGUGACCGUCAUGGAUUUCAAGCUACUCGUAGCCGCGUGUGUCACCCUAGCCGGGAGUUGGGCAAGUCCUGUCAAGCGAUACACUCCCACGUUUAGCGGGGGAUCAGUGGUCGCCCACAUUAGUAGCAACACUAUCAUCGAGGCUUCCGGUCUGUGCGCGAGCCGGAUACAUGCCGGUGUUCUGUACACGCACAAUGAUUCCGGCGACAGGAACAGAAUCUUCGCCAUGAGCACUAGCACGGGACGGCGUCUCAUGACCAUCGAGAUCGAUGGUGCGCAUGCGCUUGAUUGGGAGGACAUCGCCUGCGGACCGUGUGACGGAACUUCCGGUCACUGCAUCUACGUCGCCGACACCGGCGGCAACGCGGGCGGGGACGCGAACACCAUCUACAAGAUCCGGGAGCCGACGGAUGAUCUUAUCCAUGGAAACGGAGGAACGAUGCACGUGCAUUUGGAGUCCAAAUUGGAAUUUAGCUGGGACCAACACGACUGCGAAACCGUCAUGGUGGACAACCACGGCGAAGUAUACGUCGUGUCAAAGGUCAGCGCAGGAAACCACCCGAAACUCGUGCACCUGCCGCACAGCGCGUGGGGAACCAAUCACCGGGUUUUUGUGAACGAAGGAGUGCACCUGCCAGUGACGACAGGGAGCUACGACCCUGUAGGUGGCGACAUCUCACCUGACGGACACGAAGUUCUGUUGAAGACGUACGGACAUGUGUACUACUGGUACGUCCCCGACGGCGAUUAUUACAAGCACAUGACGUCAGCACCGCUGGCACUUCCGUACACACCAGAACGCCAAGGGGAGGCGGUGUGCUUCGAUUCCCAGGCGGCCGGAUAUUACACGAUGAGCGAGGGGAAAGGCGCGCCGCUGUAUUACUACAGAAGGACCAACGGCGCUCCCGUUGUUGGAUGAAAGUUUCUGUUCAACAUUUAUAUACAUUGUACAAAAACUAAAUACCAUAAUAAAUGUUUAUCUCCGGUU